GUCAUGACGUCGGGGAGGCUGCGAUGACGACGGGAUUCCACAGUGGGACGGGCCGACUCUGCAAAUGGCUACGAGGUGCAAUUUGUCGAUUUCUUCAUCGUUAAUCUCCUCUCCUGCGACUCGGAAGAAAGAGUAUAUCCGCUCUGCCUCGCAGGCUGCAUUCAGGUUUCAAUGUCAUAACACUGAGUGACGGUACCAGCGUGGGAUCGUCCAAAACAAACCUCACCUCAUUGUUUUUAAGAAUUUGACUGAAGUCUGCGAGAAAGAGCUGACGAGUGGUUGAAGACACGACAGUGUUGCACCCGCACUCCUUCACCGGGGCUAUGGAGGAGGAGGGGCAGCAGAGUCUGGAGUGCAUCCAGGCCAAUCAGAUCUUCCCUCGCAAGCCCCCCAUCCUGGAGGAGGAUGAUCUUCAGGUGCCCUUCCCAGAGCUGCAUGGAGAGUUUACGGAGUACGUGGGCAGGGCGGAAGAUGCCGUCAUCGCCAUGUCCAGCUACCGCCUGCACAUCAAGUUUAAAGAGUCGGUUGUUAAUGUUCCUCUGCAGCUGAUAGAAAGUGUAGAAUGUCGGGAAAUGUUUCAACUGCACAUUACCUGCAAAGACUGCAAGGUCAUCAGGUGUCAGUUUUCAACAUUUGAGCAGUGUCAGGAGUGGCUGAAGAGGCUGAGCGCGGUGGUCCGUCCACCGUCCCGGAUAGAGGAGCUGUUUUCUUUCGCCUUCCACGCGUGGUGUGUGGAUCUGUACACAGGAGAGAAGGAGCAGCAUGGAGAUCUGUGUAGGCCAGGUGAUCAUGUGACGUCACGCUUCCAUAACGAGGUGGAGCGGAUGGGCUUCGACACUCAGAACGCCUGGAGAGUAUCUGAGAUCAACAACAAGUACAAGUUGUGUUCCAGCUACCCUCAAAUGCUGCUGGUGCCAGCCUGGAUUACUGAUAAGGAGCUGGAGAAUGUGGCGGCCUUCCGCUCCUGGAAGAGGUUCCCCGCCGUGGUUUAUAGGCACCAGAGCACAGGGGCUGUGAUCGCUCGCUGUGGUCAGCCUGAGGUCAGCUGGUGGGGCUGGAGGAAUGCAGACGAUGAGCACCUGGUGCAGUCCAUCGCCAGAGCCUGUGCCGUGGACAGCAGCACCUGUAAAGGCGUCUCCAAUGGCUCCUUGUCCCGCGAGUACACUAACGGAGCUGACCUCUCAGAUGUGGACUUCGACUCAUCCAUGACUAACAGCUCAGAGGUGGAGACACUGGCCAUCCAACCUCGAAAGCUUCUGAUCCUGGACGCCAGGUCAUACGCUGCUGCCGUAGCCAACAGAGCCAAAGGUGGAGGGUGUGAAUGCCCAGAGUACUACCCUAACUGUGAAGUGGUGUUCAUGGGUAUGGCCAACAUCCAUUCCAUCCGCAAGAGUUUCCAGUCUCUGCGCUUCCUCUGCACCCAAAUGCCCGAUCCAGCCAACUGGCUAUCUGCCCUGGAGAGCACAAAGUGGCUGCAGCAUCUGUCCCUCCUGCUCAAGGCGUCUCUGCUCGUAGUGAACGCCGUGGACCGCGACCACAGGCCCGUAAUGGUGCACUGCUCAGACGGCUGGGAUCGCACACCUCAGAUAGUGGCGCUGGCCAAACUCCUGCUGGACCCGUACUACCGCACCAUUGAGGGUUUUCAGGUGCUGGUUGAGACCGAGUGGUUGGACUUCGGGCACAAGUUCGCAGACCGCUGUGGUCACGGAGAGAACGCGGAAGACUUAAACGAGAGAUGUCCUGUCUUCCUGCAGUGGUUAGACUGUGUGCACCAGCUCCAAAGACAAUUCCCAUGUUCCUUUGAGUUCAACGAAGCCUUUCUGGUGAAGCUUGUGCAGCACACAUACUCGUGUCUGUUCGGGACGUUCCUGUGUAACUGUGGGAAGGAGAGAGAAGAUAGACACAUCCAGGAAAGAACCUGCUCAGUUUGGUCUCUCCUCAGAGCUGCCAACCGCUCCUUCGGAAACAUGCUGUACUCCUCUCAUUCAGAAACCGUGCUUCAUCCUGUGUGUCACGUACGCAAUCUCUUGUUAUGGACAGCAGUUUAUCUACCCAGCUCUUCACCCACAACCCCUUCAGAUGACUCCUGUGCCCCAUACCCCGCACCUGGUGCCAACCCUGAGGACCAGCCCCUGGGCAGGCGUCCUAAAACCCGCUCGUUUGAAAACUUGCCCAGCGCUUGUGAAGUUGGAAACCCUCUGACCUCCAAUCGACGUUCCAGCGACCCCAGUUUGAAUGAGAAAUGGCAGGACCAUCGCAGAUCUCUGGAGCUCAACAUUGGGACAGGGGCUGAAGGUGCUGCAUCUCCAGAUCCAGACGAGAGGGUCAACGGACAGACCGUGGUGGGGAUUAUGGGAACAUUGCCCAGUGGGGGAACAGAGAAUGGGGAGGGGCCUGAGGAUGUCAGAUUGCCAAUGAUGGAGGGGGUUGAUGAGGCAGAGCUGACAGUGGGUGUGGCUAUGGGCCAAAUGGAGAACAUCCUCCAGGAAGCUACAAAAGACGAGUCUGCAUCAGAUAGCCGCAGAGACGCAAAGACAGACCACACUAAGGGUGAUGAUAUCAUCAAGAGUGAUGAUAUUGCACAUUCAGAAGAGAGCAACAGUGCUGUUGAUGAUGCUCAGGAGAGCAAAGCUAAAAGCCUUGGAGAUGGAAGUGUCAAUGGACAUUGUUCAGAAGAUGGUAAUUCUGAAGCGUCUUCCGCUCUUAGCCAGGAUACCUCGGGAAGCCAAGACUCUGUGAAAGCAGCCAUCGAGACAUGCAUGAUACAAGAACACAACCCUUGUAGCACGACUAAUUUCCCUCCCAAUGGCCUCAGGACUCUGAGUAACGGCCAUGGAGUCGAGACACCACCAGGACGAGAAGUCCUCGAGCAACGUCUUUCUCUUUUGGAGAGCUCCACGGAGACGCUCACGGAGGACUUGGGCGUUGUGCAGGAGAGUCUGGCACCUUUAAUUAUUCCGCCUCCUCUCAAAGCCCUCGCUGAAUCGUCGUGCCUCAAACAGGGUCUCCGCACAUCAGCCGCUCCCAGGACUUUAAACAACACCCCUAAACGGCCGUCUCUCAGUGCCUUUCCGCCCUCCACUGACCUCCUCCACUCUGUGUAUAACGGAGACUCCCCCGACCCCGAGCCCCCGACGCCACGCACAAACGGGGAACGGGCCACGCUAAGCCGACAGGUGUCACUCGCCAGCUGUGGCUCGCUGACCCUUCACGCACGGGGCGCCUGCUCCCACCAUCGCUGCCUGCACUUAGGGUUUCUGGGCCGGCCGAGCUUCAGCCCUCCAGAGCCCCCUUCAGCCCGAAACCAUCUCGACGAUGACGGGUUGACCCUGCACACGGACGCCGUGCAGCAAAGGCUGCGGCAGAUCGAAGCGGGUCACCAGCUGGAGGUGGACGCUCUGAAGAGGCAGGUACAGGAGCUCUGGAGCCGUCUGGAGAGCCAUCAGGCUGCUGGGAUGCUGCGACUUAACGGAGACAUGGGAGAUGAAGUGACCUCAAUCACAGACUCCGACUUCAACCUGGAGCACAACUGUCUGUCCCGCUGCAGCACUGAACUCUUUUCUGAGGCCAGCUGGGAGCAGGUGGACAAGCAGGACACUGAGACUUUGGAUUUGUUGCACCGGUGUAUGGAGAAAGAAUAUAAGGUGACCCGGUGGUACCCGGACCAUCUGGCUGCUCAGUGCUACGGCUGUGAGAGAGGGUUCUGGCUGGCCACUAGAAAGCACCACUGCAGAUCAAAUAAAUGCAGCCUCGGUGAGCAGAAGACACUCCUUUCCAGACCAGUAGUGAAUUGUGGGAAUGUGUUCUGUGCCAGCUGUUGCGAUCAGAAGAUCCCGGUGCCAAGCCAGCAGUUGUUCGAGCCCAGUCGUGUGUGUAGGUCGUGUUUCAGCAACCUGCAGGUUCCCGCGUCGGCUCUGGAGAUGGAGCUGGACAAACCCAUCACGGCCAGCUCCAACUGAUCCUUCAUCCGAGCGCCUGCACACGGACCCACAGGAGGAUAUGUGUAUGUAGAAGCUCCAGAGACUGCUUUGUGGGGGCGAACUUGGCGAAGGCGCUUCUUUCCCACCCGAAAGGGAAUCGUGUAUAUAUGGAACGAUGCGGAACGCACAGAGUCGUCCAGGGAGGAGGCUUAGCACUUUUGCAGAGAACUUUUUGCGGAGACAGGUUACGAUUGAGAGCUCGUCUUCAUUUGCGAUGAAACUUAUCCUGUACCUGCUGCAUAGAGGGAAGGUUUUCACCAACCAGCGGACGGCGUGCGAGAAUAGGGUUUCCUCCCUCGUCAUCUCACUAAGAGCAGAUCAUCAGGGUGAAAGGUGCUUCUGGGACGAGUCCGCGAGAUCCUAGCUUUGUUUUUGAGUUCUCAUCUCCGUUUUUGCGGGAACCUGCUCUUUUGCUUUCUUUUUGGGGUUGCACAAGUGAUUCUGGGUGCCACACAGCAUUCAAACUUUCUAGGGUCUGAAUGCACCAAAUUUCCAGAUUCUAGGUUAGUACUUUCUCAAAUAGAAAUCCUUCACCUUCUCUGUGAUGUUGACUGGAUAGUGACGGGAAGUGAUGUCAGCGCGGGCCACUAGAGGGUGCUCUUGUCUCUGAUCUGCUGUGUGGACGCCGGCUGGUUUAGACACGAGACCUUCUCUCUAAUGCUUUUUUUUUUUUUUUGUAACAUACAUGCGAGACAAAUGAGAUAAUAUAUUAGAAUGAUAUAAGAAUGAGACGUAUAGCAUUUAAGAUGAGAAAUUGUAUAGAAUUCUUGAAUAGUGGCUCACUAAAUUAGUCACCAAAUAUAAGUUGUGUUGUUUUCCCCAGUUGUAGCCAUUUGGGGGCGUUUCUUUUUAAUGUAUUUCUUAUUUUUGUCCUUCUAGUGAUGCUGAACAGUUGUAUGUGGAGAGAGAUGUAUGUGAUAUGCUGCAUUAGGGCCCCAGAUGUUGUUUUUGUUUUUUUUGUUUUUGCGCUCUCGACACUUAUUUAUUAAGUUUUUGUUUGAAUUGUAUGUCCAAUCCUGACAAUUGAUACACCACAGGAUAAUCAGUGUUGAUGGGUGUGAGCUGCCUUUGCACUGAAGAUGAAGCCCCUUCCACACACACACAUUUCAGAAAUGACGCACAAAACACAAUCAAAAUCUCUUUAGCUUGCCUUCCCACUUUUUUUAUUUUUUAUUUUGGAGGUUAAUACUGAUAAUUCCCUCAAUCAUCCGAUCUUAUCAGCUGAUAAUACAUUUACUCACCCUCAGAAUUCGGAGACUCUUCAUGCAACUCUUUUCCAUAUAAUGACAGGUCGCAUCGACUGCAAGUUUUAUUGUAUUGCUUGGUCUUUUUUUUGGAGCUUGAUGGAUGUGAUCACUGUUCUAUGGAUAACAGUUAAAUGAAAAAGUGAAGCGAGUGAGAAUUGUUUGCGGUGAACUAUAACCUCGCCAGCUGAUGCUAUAAUGACGUGAAGCUCCUGAGAGUUUAGGGCCGUGAUGAUGGGCGUUAAUUCCUAAAGCUGAUGACAUCUGCUAGAGCGCUUUCAGUGUCACCGGUGCGACAGCUUUUGCAUUAACGCCAAUCCAUGAAUGUGAAUUUUUUUUUUUUCCAGAAAGAGUAAAUUCCAUGGGUUUAUAUUUUGCACAUUGGUAAUCAUCAGAAAUACACUGUUGCAGAUUUCUGUAAGAAUUAAACAAAGUGGAAUUCCAACUGAA